AUGCUAGCCGAAAGGUUGCUGUUUGUGUACCUCACUUGGCAUAUUUGCUUCGUGUCGAGCACAGCAGCAAGCAAUUCAACUGUUAUUUUGAUUGCAUUAGACGGUUUUCGCUGGGAUUUCAUAUCGAAAGCAUCCACACCAAAUCUUGACUUCAUAGCUGGCGGCGGAGUGAAGGCGAAGUACGUUGAAAACGUUUUCCCGACGGUUGCCAUGCCGAAUUUGUACACAAUUGUAACAGGUCUGUACCCUGAGAGCCACGGGAUUAUUGCGAACGAGAUGUUUGAUCCGGAUUUUAACGCAACGUUUCUCCGCAGUAAUAACGAAACAAGAUGGUGGGAUGGAGCGGAGCCAAUCUGGGUGUCAAAUCAGAAACAAGGUUUUAAAAGCGCCUUGAGUUACUGGCCGGGAUACGAUGUGAACAUUGGAGGCUAUUUGCCCAGUUUCAGUAGCGAUGAUGCGAAAUAUUCCAAACCGUUCGUUUCUAAGGACAAUCUCAUGCCAGAAAAGGAGAGAAUUGACCUUGUUAUGAAAUGGCUAACCAUGAAGGCGCCUCCAAACUUUAUAGCGAUGUAUUUCGCGGAACCUGGCAGAACCGGUCACACAUACGGGCCUGAUUCACCUAAAACAGAGAAUUCUAUUGAGAAAAGCGACUCUGCUGUAGUUGGCUAUCUCGUGGAAAAGCUGCGAAAGGCUAACUUACUCGAUAAAGUUAACGUUAUAUUUACUUCCGAUCAUGGUUUGGCAAAAUACAACACGAGUGAUUUUGUCAACUUCGAUGACAUUGUAAACGCAAGUAGUUACGAACUUUGGGCGGGAAAUGGAGCGUUUUUAACCCUGGAACCUCACUCAGGGCAAGAGGGAUAUGUGUACCAGAGCUUAAAGGAAGGGGAAGGAAACCCGAAUCGUUUCAAAGUGUACAGGAAAGAAGAAGUUCCGGAAAAACUGCAUUUCAAAAAGAAUCGAAGAAUUGGCUCUGUUGUGGUAUUGAUGGAGAAAGGUUGGUAUGCUCGUGGCUCUAAAAUGUCGAAGAACUUGACGGAAGGUAUGAUAAAAGGAGGACAAGGUUACUCUACUGUACACGAGGACAUGUACCCAUUUUUGAUCGCUCGCGGACCGGCGUUCAAAAAGAACUUCAGUUCAGACUCUUUUAAGCUCCUGGAUAUUUACCCCAUGAUCUGUGAAAUUCUCGGAAUUAAACCUGCACCGAAUAAUGGCUCCUUGGCCAGGGUGAAACAGCUCUUUGGGGAACCUUUCGCCACACCCACUACGCCUAGAGAAACCACCGAAAGCUCCACAUCAAAACAAAAAGAUGGGAAUAAUAUUGUGAAAAUUGUCGGGUUUGCGAUUGUCGGUUUUGCGGUUGUUGUGUUCCUGGUUGCAUCGAUUUUAUUGACGGUACGCUGGUGCAAGCGAGACGAGCAAUCUAAAAAAACGUGGAUGGAGAGCGAAGAGACACCGGCGAUUCAAGCUGAGGAAACACAAGCCUUGCAAGAAGAUCACGACGAAGGUGUGACAGUGUAAUUAAAACCGCAGAAAAAUUGCCUCGCCUUUUACACUCAAGAAUUAAGAUACAACUUCGACACGUUUCAUGUUUGUGUUCCUGAGUGUUAAAAAAGAUUAACGUGCAAGAGAGCUGAUAUUCUUUAGCGCAAAGAUUAUAAUUUUUGGAUUUAAACGGAGUUCGUUUUUCAGGAUUAUCGGCGCUUUUGGAAUACAUAUCGACAACUGACAAUAAAUAACAAUCAUGGAAAAUAAUUUUUGCUUUCAAAUGGUGUACCGGUAAUGAAUCAUGCAAAUUUUGCAGUGAUUAAUAAUGAACUUGACAGUACUAUUUUAAAUUUUCUUUAGGUACCGAUAAUUUAUUUGUGUAAAGAGUGUUUUAACAGGCUGGAUAGAAAAAGCUUGCCAGCAGGGUAGAAUUUGAAAAAGGAUAUGUGUACAUAGAGGGGGCAUUAAGAACAGAGUGA